UCACUCUGCCACUUUACUAACAAUCACAACAUUAGGAAAAUUUAGAUUGCAACGAAGAAAUGGCUCAAGUGGCUUUUUUGGACAACCUGCUCAGGGAAUACCUGGUUUUCCGUGGAUUCUCCAGCACGCUGAAGGCCCUCGACUUGGAGCAGCGCACGGAGAAGGACCAGCACUUCAGAGCGGAGCGGAUUCUGGAGCAGUUUAACAAUGCCAUUCAAUCCUACGACCUGCAGGCUGUUCGCAGUCUAUGGCUUCACUUGGACAACAAUCUGUUCUCUAAGCUGGAACAUACAUACGCCGUGGCUGUAAAGAAGCUGGAAAACAGCCUCCUGAAGUACUACCUGGUGACGGCCUACAGCAACAACCGAGCAGACAAGGUGUCGGAGUUCUUCAACAAGAUGGCAGGCGAGCUGCAGCAGCAAAGCGAGUGGAAGGAUUGGUUCUACUUCCCCUUCUGCCGAAAUGCCGAGGAGUCGCCCACCUUCGCUCUGUUCUUCACGAAGCAAUGGCAGGACACAUUGCUUCUCUCCCUACGUAACUUUCUGACCACCGUCUACCAAUGCCUGCCGCAGCCAACGUUUGUUCGCGCGGAGCAGGAGGCAGCCCUUAUGCAGCGGCUUAGCGACGACAACACUGGCCUUCGCACCCGCCUUCUCCAAAUGCAACAGGAGAUGCACCAACUAUCCCAGCAGCAGCAGCAGUCGGGAACUGCAGCAACGGGCGCUGGUUCGCUUGGUGGCGAUGGCGCCUCACGGCGACGCAGCGUCUAUCGUCCCCAGCAGAGCCUUAGCGACAUUUUGCCCUUCGACAUCAGUCCACCUGGCCACAUCGUAGACGACUUUUGUAUCAUCGCCUCCGAGGCGAACAGCGUGAGCCAGGCCAGCGAUGCUCAGGCCCGAGGCCUCAAGCUACUGAUACGGAAUAUAGGAUCAGGAAGCUCACCCGUUUUGCCACGCAAGGAUCAAGCUGCUAGUUCCUUGGGCGACAAGUCCACCAAGCGGAGGUCCGGCAGUGUGGGACGUAGCUGGAUUUAAACAGAAAUAGACUGUUUCGCAGGGGUUAACCGAAAGCGAGCGUGGAUUUUUAUCAUUAUUUAUUCCAUUACAUUUUGCAGUUCCGGUGGCUUUGAGUUUGUUCGAAGCCAAAAAGGCUGAAACAUGUAACUUACCAAAUCGGUAUGGAAUGGCACCUUAUAUUUAAGGAAUUUGUGAGCCAAAAAAGUGUAAUACUUACAUUCCUUUAUAAUAAAUGCACAAAAAGC